CAAACACAGAUCCGGCCAUCUGCCACUCCGUUAUGAAAUGUAGCGUUGAGAGAAAAGUAUCUGUUAUUCACUCAAUCAUCACAAUUGAACCACCUACAGCCCAAAGUCUCUUCGCUCGCAAACACGCUGAGUUUGCUCUGGCCCUUCAGCCGUUGGAACCCCGCCCCGAUACGCAACGGUAUCCCCAGUACAUGAAUUCAACACCGCUAGUCCGUAUUGGGUCCCGUCGCUUCAAGUUUCUGCGUCUCCAUUUCUUUCAUGUGAGACUACGCGAACAGUGAACCUCUCACUCACCCUUGCGUCUCACCAACUCCAACGUUCCGCAUCACUAAUCCGGAAAUGUCGGACGUCAAGGACAUCACCCCGGACCUCGACCGGCUGGACUCCCAGCUGGACGUCCUCGAGGACGCGCUGCAGCCCCUGCUGGGCAAUCUCGAGGGCAUGUCCUCCGAGUUGCCGCUGUUAGACAAGGCCAAGCUCUUCUCCCUCACAGCCUACGCCAUUGAGUCGCUACUUUUCUCCUCGCUGAAGCUGGAUGGCACUGACGCGCAGAGCCAUGCCGUCUUCACUGAACUCAAACGAACUCAGCAAUACUUUGCAAAGAUCAAAGCGGCAGAGGCACCUGCAGAGACACGAACCACAACAGUGAACCAAGAAGCUGCGGCUCGCAUCCUGAAGGCAGACCUGUCUGAUAAUAAGACUAUCAGUACUAAGCUGGCCGAGAAGAUUGCCGAAGAGCGAGCCAAGGCCCUCCUCAAGUCUGUUGAGAACCGGAAGCGACCGGCUGAGGAAUCUCCCGUUCCGUCGGCCGCUUCGGGGUCGCAGGAGGCCAAGGGCAAGAAGAAGCAGAAGAACAAGCACAGGGGCAAGGGAAAGAGCCAGAAGUAAAAUGGCCGCGCAUGCUAGGCGGGCUGAGAGUAGGCCGCAUCAGCGGAAUGUUGCCUUGCGUGGGUCGUUGGCCGUCGCAUUGCGGCAACACACGGGAUGGGUGGCGUUUAGGAGCACAUAAUAUUCGAUGGGAGGAAACAUACCAACAAAAUAGACACACCGGAAAAUGGCUACUUAAUCAUGCAUUGCAGUCGUCUUCACCUCGUUAGAAUAGCUACUACGUAGACUAACACCGAGCCUUUCGAGAGUCUUCCAGUAGACGUCCACUCAACCAACUCCCGGCAACACGCGGAAGAGAGGAU